GAGGCAGGACGAAAACACCUGAAGCAGUCCUUCCUACAAUCAGCCAGUCCGUGGUGAGCCAGUCAGGGAAAACAAUCUGUUUCAGACGGGCGGAAGCGCUUGUACUGAGGACAGCAGCCCGGAAGAACCAGCAGGUCGUUUUAACCACAAUAGAAUCUCCCCUUGAGUCUUUUUUCUUCUUCUUCUUUUUUAGUUAUUAAUAUUUAUUUCCGAGCACCAGGUGUUCCUCUCAUUCCAGCCUGCGUUUUUUUAACGAUGCGAUCUGGUUCGAAAAGCGGGCCAGCAUUUGAAGGAAAAAUGAAAAAGCUUAUCUUCAUCGCGGUGGAUGUUCUUUGCGUGUUCUUUGCGGCUCUGCCUUCAGCCAUCCUCACACUGAGAUUCAAACCUUAUGAGAGGCGGAUCUACUGCAAUGAUGACAGCAUCAAGUAUCCCUACAAAAAAGAUACCAUCUCCCAUGGAACCAUGGCUGCUGUCACCAUCACCUGCUCAAUAGUCAUUAUCACUACAGGAGAGGCCUAUCUGGUGCACACCAAUCGCCUGCAGUCCAACUCCUCAUUCAACCGGUACCUGUCCGCUCUCUACAAGGUGGUUGGCACCUUUCUGUUCGGGGCAGCGGUCAGCACGUCUCUGACUGACGUGGCAAAGUUUUUCAUCGGCCGGCCCCGUCCGCACUUCUUAGCCGUGUGCGCCCCGGUGAACUGCAGUAGCUACAUACCAGAAUUCCCCUGCACAGGCGACGAGCGCAACGUGGCGGAGUCCAGGCUAUCGUUUUACUCCGGUCACUCAUCAUUUGGGAUGUACUGCAUGCUCUUCCUGUCGCUCUAUGUCCAAGCCAGGAUGCAGGGGAAGUGGUUUAGGCUGGUCCGACCCACCAUCCAGUUCUUCCUGGUGACCUUUUCUUUAUACGUUGGAUACACGCGCGUUUCCGACUACAAACACCACUCUACUGACGUCCUGGUGGGACUGCUGCAAGGAGCGCUCAUCGCCGUGCUCACGGUUCGAUACGUGUCGGACUUCUUCAAGCAGCGGCCUCCGACCUCCGUCUGUUCUGAGGGCGGUGAGAGCGAACAGCUCGACUGUAAACCGAACCCACAACCUUCGGACUCGCAGCACGAGAACCAUAACAGCCGCUCUGGACUGGCAUGAGCAGCCGAGGAGUGCGCCGGUCCGAUCGCCGCCUAAGCUCCGACAGCAGCUCGGUUCCCCACAGGACUGUUUAUUUUUAAACCACAAAGAGAACCACGCAGAAAAACCUUGAGCUAUUUUACAACCAAGAAAACAAUGAUUCUUAAAAACCUGUUGGAAGAGAAACUUUAUGAGCGGUGUUGGGGAGGGUGUGUUUGCUGCCUUAAAAAAGUGUGUGUGUGUCUGUAUGCGCGCGCGCGUGUGUGGAUUUGUGCAACAUUGUACAACAUUAUAUGAUGUCUUCUCUUAAUGUAUCGGCUUUCAGAUUUGCGUCAGAGUGAAAGUUAAGGGAAAGUUCCUCCUCUUCGCCCGGGUGGCAAACCUUCGGCUGCAGAAUGCUCAGACGACGUCGCGGUCAAGGACGAAUGUUGCUACUUUUUAUAUACACUGCAGCAGAAUGUAUCGACACAUCCCACUCUUUUCUAUGCAUGUAUUUUUAUCCUGUCUCAAAGUAUGUGACUGACCACUUUUUAACUCACUCACUGCUAGCACUGCACAAACUGACCCGGCCUUUGAGAAUGUUAUCCUGCUUGAAACAGUUGUGUGUGUGAUGAAUGCUGUACCAUUUCAGGACUAACAGGUUGUCUAUGUAUGUGGUCAUUCUUGCAUCAAAAGAACUCGUUUUUUUU